UGUAGUGUUCCGCAACCAUUUUUAGAAGUCUUUUUUCCACUUGCAAUUUUUUAAGAAGAAUCUUCACAAAAGCGCCAUCGUGAGCAGAAGCCACGCCGACGACAUGACUCCAGUAGCGACGAAGAGCCCGAGUCAAAGCGUCGAAAGAGUCCAGAACAACGCCGUCAACGACACGACUCGAGUGAUGCUGAAGAAAAAAGACGAAGAAGAGACGAGUCCAAUGAUAAGAAGUCAAAAUACAGGAAACAAGCUUCGGAUAGUGACAAUGACGAAAGUGAUGUGAAAUCCUCCCAUCGGCAUAACUGCAAAAAGAAUAGUAAGGUCACCAAAAAAGACAAAAUAGCCGAAGAGAGCUCACGUAAGCGGGCGGAUAGCUCGGAGAGAAAUGGAAGGCGAGAUUCAAGGAAAGAUCGAGAAUUAGCCAGCAAGGCAUCUCUGCGAAGAAAAAAGGAGAGUUCGGAGAGUCGGAGUUCGUCAGAUUCAAGUGAGGAUGACUCGUCAGAUUCAUCGAAACAUUCACAACGGAGGAAGAAGAGUUCGCCACUACGAAAGCGCAGCAAUGAUUCGAGCAGUGACGAAGGUAUGCUAAAUGCAUGA